AUGAAUCCUCGGACUUGUUCUCCUCCGCCACCGGGCGAGCGGUCUCGCAGUCCAGAGAUGGUGAUCCACGUCGAACAGACAGUCACGGUCGAAUCAGUCUACGAAGAACCGCUCAAUAACGACUCGACCGAGCGUCCUUUUGGCGACAACAGCAACUUCUAUCAAGCCACCGUCUCUGCUGCCUCCCAGCUUGCACGAGCCAUCUUCUCAGCUCCUAUCGUCGAGCACGAGCACGACGACGACAUCAACUUGCCUCUGACUCGCCCUCAAACCCGAAAAUGGAUAUGGACUGCGGUGCUUUUGGCCCUGGCAAAUCUCAUAACACAUGUGGUGGACAGCAUGAUGAGCGUUAUGGCUCCUACAAUUGCCUACGACCUUGACGUCCAGGGCUUCCAGUGGCUUCUCGCAGGUCCUGCAAUCGGCGCGGCAGCCACGGUUUUGACGGCUGGCCAGCUCUACGCUGUUCUUCCUUUCAAGGCAGUCUACACCUUCUUCGCUCUUCUGCUACUCCUCGGUAUCAUGUCGCCUGGCUUCGCCUCAUACAUGAUCUUCCUCUUCUACACACGCAUUCUCGUGGGUGCCGGCAUAGCAGGACAACAGUUGGGUGCGCUCAUCUUCCUGGGACACAAUGGCCAGUUCAUCGACAAAGUGCGACGGGAUUUCUACAUCAGCAUCAGCACCGCGCUGGGCUUCAUCAUCGGCCCAAUCUUCGGAGCUUUGUUCGCACAUCGAGGCAAGAUAUGGGGCUGGGGCUUCUACACAGCUUCGAUGCUCCUGGCAAUCGUCCACAUCGCGCUCAUCUAUCUGCUGCCCAACAAGUUCGACAUGGGGCAGAAUCUGCCAUGGACGCUGGCCGACACUGUUGCCUUUGGGGGCUUGAGCAUGAUACUGCGUAUCGACAUCUUAGGCUGUUUGCUCAGCUUCUUCGGCAUCCUGACCCUACUCAUCUCGUUCAAUCUUGCCGGCACUUGGAUCCCCUGGUCAGCUGGCUACAUGUACGUCCCUAUCGGAAUCGCAGCUUUCUUCGUGAGCUUCCUCUUCGUCCAACAGUACUUUCAGAUCUGCGCAUCGAGCUCGACACUGCUGUUCUCGACCCGAUAUCUACGGUCUUUCAAAACCGUGGCGUUAUUCGUUCUGACAUUUCUCACAUCCGGGAUCUUUCAGACGGUCUUCGCCUACUCGGCCUUGUAUCAACUCAUCACUCGCCCAAAUCCAUCGCCAAUCGCAACAGCAUUUUAUCUGUUCUUCACACUUACGGGGCCAUACCUCAUCCCGCUGCUUGUUGUGCCGCUCUAUUUCGGAGGUGGACUCAUCAAGGUGUAUCCUGGAGCCGCGAGCUACGGCAUGUGGAGUGUGCUCGUAUCACUGUUUCUGGUGCUCGGCACAACCCUCCUCUUCAUCAGUACUCCAUCCAUUCUUCCUGCUCACGGCCUGCCGACGAUUGCGAAGCAAUUUGCCCUAGCAUGCAUUGGGUUCUGGUCUGCGGUCACUUUGCCUCUGGCCCAUCAGAUCCUGGACGUCUUCCAGCCAGUCAAUGUUCCAAACCCCCGCCAGAAGCACCCUCACCAUAACCGCUCCUUCAUUCUCUUCGCAACAUAUCUUGGGGCCGCAGUGGCUCUGACUGCCGCCGGCUCAGUCUUCAUGCAUCUCGGUCCACGCGCAAUCCUUCCUCUGCUCAACGAAUACCAGAGCCAGCGUGAACCCCAUGACGUCGCAGCCACGCCAGAGGAUGCUCGCACGCUUCUGCUGGGCUACACUUUCGUCACCAAAGGCAUCACCCCCACACUGUUCGCCGAGAGUAUCAAAGUAAUUGAGAACACAUUCGGAUGGAGUUUCCUUGUACCGCAGGGAUUCGCCAUUCUUAUGUUCCUAUUGAGCGUCUCUUACAUGAUCCGCAAGCUGUUUCUGGAUGGCUGGAACUUCAAGACCCUCAACGAGAAGGGGGUGCCUGCGGACUGGCGCAAGGGCAGUGGCCAAGCAGGACGCCGCACGCAUAUCGAAGCAGGAGGACGGGUUGUGGAGUUGGAAGAGACGGGCGAGAGCGCAACUCACGGGACUUGUACAACAGUCAUCCAAGGCCCCUGCACUCCAGUGGUGUCUUAG